CUUACAUCUAUACCUUCAAACCCUUCACCUUCACGACGCAACAAAAACCAAUUCUCAGACCAGCCCACUGAUUCUUUUGAACAAGAGUCUUAUGAUUCUCCGUCAUCUGGAUGCGGCAUUUGUAGAGUUCCACCAAACCCGUCGUGAAGAUUCUGCCCGAUCCUUAGACAUGACCAUCCCAGGUUUCCAAGCGAUGGUACAAGGCACAUGCCGCAACAAAAUCUAUCCACAAUACCUUCCCCGGGUGAUUCUCACCAUCACGACGUACUAUCAAGUCUGGAGGGAUGAACGCAAGGUCCUGGAUGCGGCUGAGGAUGACGAUCUUGCACGGUACAAGGAGUGCGAGAGGAAUAAUGUGGAGCCGCUACCGGAGCUUGGAGAGUGGGUGAUGCCGAUGUGGCCGCCUAAAAGGGGGAAAUUUUAUAUGAAGACAAGGGAAUUGAGCGAGAGGGACCGGGAGAUGGAUAGGGCUAUUACACAGAGGUUUGCGUCUGCGGAGGCGUUGUUGACGCUCUUGGACGAGGCAAUUAUUGGGCCGAGAGCUGUUAGGCCGGGGAAGUAUGUCUGGAGGGGUUAAAUAAGGAGGACACGCGUUGAAGAGAAGGGAUCGUGUCACAGCACAACUUCAUAGCACCAGCACAGCAGAGCACAGCAGAGCACAGCACACAUUAACGCAAGUAUAUUGAAUCAGCUUUUGUUUAUCGAG